AUGGUACGACAACUUUCGCUUCUUUCAUUAUAAUAUUAACGUUUCCCAACAACAUACGUCAAUGGGUGCAGCGGGAGAGGGAGAGAUAGCCAAACACGCAGCAAACAUCAGCCAGCCAACCACAGGCCCAGACCAUGCACACCUCCCCAGCAACUACACUACCGCUGCUCCUUCCGCUCACUUCAGCUGAGCCAUAUACAACCCACACACACACACACAAAGAAAGACACAACCGCUCCCCCCUUAUAUCAUUCCGUCUUGCCAUACUACGCCAAUGCGAAAAAAAAACAAGCAAAACAAACAGACAAACAAGGCCAGCAACCAACCGAGGGGUGGGUGGGGAGGAGACAGAUUUGGUUGGACACAGACCAAUACAAACAAGGAGAAUAUUGACAAAACAGUAUGAAAGGAGUGUAAAGAAGGAAAAGAGGUUGGUGUUUUAUAUACACUAG